CACCAAACAAACCAUCAUAAGCUGUGCGCAACCAUCUCCACCAUGCCCUUCCCGCAGAGUAGGUUUCCGGAGGCGGAAACGCCCAUCCACGGAUACCUGUACACGAUGGUCGAGCUAGGCGUCCUGCGGUUCUUUGUCGAGUACCGCGUCUUCGAUGCGAUCCCCGAAUCCGGGAUCUCUAUUGCCGCACUGGCGUCCGAAACGGGCGUCGACUGCGCAUUGCUGACACGGCAGAUCAACUUCCUCGUUGCAGCCGAGGUCUUAAAGGCGGCAGCAACGCCGGGGCAGAUCGAACAUACCUCGCUGUCCAAGACGUUUCAGGGGCCCAUGGCCACUUUGUUCUACCCGCAUACGUUUGACUACUUCAUGGCCACCGCGGUGAAGUGGCCGGAGUAUUUCCGGCAGCACGGACCGCAGGAGCCGCGAAAGUCCAAUCAGGCCCCCUUUGGCUUUGCCAUGGGCUACCCAGACAAAACCUUCUAUGAAGUGCUGGAGCUGCUGCCGGAGCAGCGCGCGAAGUCGUUCAAUGACGCCAUGGCGCUGUCCUUGGACGACAUGCCCAUCACUGGGGUCUAUGACUUCAGGUGGGUGGGCGAGAGCGCGAGCGCGCAGGUCGGGAGACCGUGCAUCGUCGACGUUGGUGGUGGCAAGGGGCAGGCCUUGAGGGCGAUUCUCGAGGAGACCCCGGCCAUUCCUGCGUCGUCCUGCUUCAUCGAGGACCAAGCGGAAAUGAUUCGACAGGGUGGGGAGGAAGCGAAUGGUGUUCUGGUAUCUGUUCAGAGGGUUACACAUAGCUUUUUUGAUGAACAGCCCGUCAAAGGUGCUUUGGUUUACUUCAUCCGGCGAGUGUUGAAUGAUUGGGGGGACGACGAUUGUGUUCAGAUCCUCAAGAGCAUCCGCCAGGCUUGUGCACCAGACUCGAGGAUACUGAUAUCUGAAAAUCUACUACCCGAUGAGCCUUCGCUCGGCGUUGCCGGGAUUGACUUGUGGAUGAUGAAUUUUGGCGGCAAGAGGCGUAACGAAAAGAUGUUUGGGGACUUAGCGUCCCAGGCGGGAUUGAGAGUUUCUGCGGUUGCCAAGCAUGACGCUACAAGUAUGGGAGUGGUUGAGAUGGUGCCUGUAUAAACCUUGAUAGAAAUAGUGGAUAUGAUUCUCGGGAGAAUUCGACGAGUCGGUUUG